AUGCUGCCGAGCAUCAGGACCAUGCAGACCACCUCCAGGAUGCUCAGCUCGGCGCUCCUCUGCUCGCUGCUGCUGCUGCUCUCCAGAGACGCCGGAGCACAAACCCUGCUGGAGCCGGAGUCCGAGGAGGAGCUGAGCCCCAGAGCUCUGCGGGACUUCUACCCUAAAGGUCCCAACCUGACCAGUGAGAAGCAGCUGCUCGGAGCUCUGCAAGAAGUUCUGGAAAAGCUUCAAGCCAAACGACUCCCAUCAUGGGAAAAGAAAUUUGGCCAAGUCCCAACGUGUGACGUCGGGGAGCAGUGCGCCGUGAGAAAAGGUGCACGGAUCGGGAAGAUGUGCGACUGUCCCCGGGGAGCUUUCUGCAACUUUUUCCUGCUGAAGUGCUUAUGA